UAUGUUCUGCAAAAUAAAACCCUUUUUCACGAAGGUCAACGCCACCGUCUGCCUUGUGCGACCUCAACCGCCCCGCCUCUUCAGCGUUCCUCACUUCUAUCUCUAUCAUUUCAUUUUCCUUUGAAACUGUAAUUCCAGUCUUGCAUGUCAAUCGUUUUGUUUUCCUUUGAAACUGUAACUCCAUUCUUUCAAUGUUCUCUCUUUCAAUUGAAGUCCCACUACUUUCCCGUGUUACUUGAAUUCCUAUAUAAUGCUUUCCACUUGAUCUCUCUUCUGCAUCAUAAAUCUCAAAUCUCUCUCUUUUACUAUUUCUUAUUUCUUUCUAAGUUUUUAGUUUUAGUGUCGGGAAAAAACAAACCCUUUGUUACGGUCAUGGCGGUGAUGAACGGCUGCAGGGCGGCGAAGCGAGCGAGGCGUUGCAACAGAAUCUCUGCCGAUCUCUACGAUUUCUCUACUUUCCCCUCCGAUCACACCAACGGCGGUGAUUCCACCACCACCCAAGCGUGUGUCACUUUCCCUCAUCGACGCUCUUCUCGAGCUUGAUGACGUGGCAGAUCAUGCUCAGGCCUGGGGAUUCGCCGGACGGUGCUUCAGAUCUCUCUUCUAGGGUCAUCUCUCUCGACGUUGUGGAGGAGGAUGUCACGAGAUCCUCUAGAUCUGUCUACUGUGACCACUGCCGAGUCGUUGGUUGGAGUAGUCAUCCAUUGUGCAGAAAGAGGUAUCACUUCAUCAUAAGGUCUCGAGGAGACACUAAGGCUUGCUCGAGGUGUGGAAUUACUCAGAAUUUCUCUGAAGGCAGCAACUGCAAGUGGUGCAGCUUGGCUCUGGAUAUUGAAGACUGGGUUUACUCUCAGUUGAAGACAACACUCACCUCCUUCACGGUGUCAUCCAUUCCAACAGCUUUGCUCAUCUCUUGUCUCUCAACGGGAGGGAAGGUGGCUCUGUUUUUUUUACUCGUCGUUCCAUUAUGGACUUUUGGGACAGGCUUACAAAAAAAAAAAACAUACAAGGUUGAUGCAUGCUCUUUAUUAGACCUUGUAGUAGAGUGGAUUAGGGAGCUUAAAAGUCCUUCUCCCAGGGCUGUCCUUAGCCAAAUCAACCCAUUGGUCUCCAAUGUUCCCAAUGAUAGUGUGGCCAUUCCUCUCCAGAUUCUUCCUCUCCUCUGACUUGAAGUUCGCUAUCUCCUUGCUCGAGCCUGUUGGCCUACGUUUCCCCACAUAUACAUAUAUCGAUGUAAACUUAUAUUAUAUAUAUUUAA